GGGGCGUGUCUGUCACGUGACCGCACUGCCCUCAGGGUUAGGGUUGCCCUGACAGCGGAAUCGCCUUCGCGGGUUCGCUCGGGCAAGGUGGCGGCAGCGGGGUCGCGGGGGGCUCGUCGGACAUCUGUUGCCUCUUUCCCGGGAAAGGCGAGUGAGGCCUCGGCUCGGGACUCGCUUUGUCCCCGCCUGCCUCAUGGAGCGCUCCGGGGCCAUGACGGACAUGUACGACCAGGCGUUGCUGGGGGUCUUGCAGCAUGUGGGCAACGUCCAGGAGUUCCUGAACAUCCUCUUCGGCUUCCUCUACCGCAAGACUGACUUCUACCGGCUGUUGAUGCAGCCCUCGGACCGGCUGGGCUUCCCGCCCGGCGUGGCCAAGAGCAUGGCCGUUCGGGCAUUCAAAACAUUUGAACAUCUGGCCCGCCAAGAUGAUGAGAAAAGACAGCAAGAAAUUGAGGGGAAGUUGAAGAAAAGAGAGGCGGACAUGGUGGCUGCAGGAGAGAGAACAAAGGUGCCUCCUGCCAUUGAGGAGAUUGAAAUCACCUCGGCAGUGGAGCAGGACUCUGGAUUGGAAAGUGGAAAGACUGCAGUUGCAGAGGAGCCUGUGAAAGCAGAAGAAACCGUAGAAGCACAAGUUGCUGAUACAACAGCAGAACUGCCGGUAUCUGUUGCUACCCCUGUAGAAAGUGAACAAACAGAAUUCCCCAGGAAACAGGAACAAUUCCAGGCAAAUCCUGACAGUUAUAAUGGAGCUGUGCGAGAGAACUACACUUGGUCUCAGGACUAUAGCGACCUGGAAAUUAAAGUUCCAGUGCCCAAGCACAUUCUGAAAGGCAGACAGGUUUCAGUGGACAUCAACAGUAGUUCAAUCCAUGUGUCAGUGGUGGAGGGAAGCGGACACCGAGUGCUUGUGGAAGGUGCCCUUACCCACAAGAUCAACACAGAGAACUCUGUCUGGAGUUUAGAACCUGGGAAAUGUAUUCUAAAGGUCGUAAAAGGGGAUCAGAUGACCCAGGGACAUUGCAAUAGACAUAAAUGUGAGUCAGUUGCCAAGUAUCUGAAUAUAAAUCACCUGGUCAUGGGGAUCUUGCAACUGUGGAUAACUGAUCAUUACCAGGAGUUCAAUCCUGACCUGCUCAAGGGUGACUCAACCUUCCAUCCUUCUGAGAUUAACCUCAGCAAAGUAGGUGAAUACUGGUGGAGUGCCAUUUUGGAAGGCGAAGAGCAGAUCGACAUUGAUAAAAUCAAUAAGGAGCGUUCUAUGGCCACGGUGGACGAAGAAGAACAUGCAGUGCUGGACAGGCUAUCUUUUGAUUAUCAUCAGAAGCUUCAAGGCAAACCCCAGAGCCAUGAAAUGAAAGUCCACGAGAUGCUGAAGAAGGGCUGGGAUGCCGAAGGCUCUCCAUUCCGAGGGCAGAAGUUCGACCCUUCCAUGUUCAACAUCUCUCCGGGGAACAUGCAUUUUUGAUGGUACCAGCAAGUGAGGAGAAGGAGGAGGAGGAGAACAUCGUGGCCUUCAUCCUUGGCACGAACCCGAUGCUACUGCCAGACUCUUGCAUCUGGUGCUAGAAGGGUCUCUUGUUGUCCCUGCUUGUUCUUUGGGGCUUGUUUGUAAAAUGACAAGAUUGUUAAAAAAUGAUUGGCAUGUGUGGGCUUGCUUUUGGGGAGGGGGCAGAGAGGGAAUUGAAGCGGGAACGUGGGUGUAAGUCCUUCCCUCUAGCUCCAGGUUGGUGCUUUUGAUAUUUAUGUGGGGGAAGCCUAGCAAAAGCAGCAUUACGUACUGUGUCACCACGGCAACCAGCAGCUGCUGGUAGCAUUUCCUUGUCUCCUUAAUGGAUUCAUUUGUUGCUUGGGGUGGGGGGGCGGGGAAAAGAGGAGAGCUUGGUUGAAGGUAUUCCUCCUCCCCUUUUCAGAAAUAGAUGCAGCUGGGUGAAGUGGUGACAACUUCUUGCUGGCUUCCUUGAAACCGCCUCCUGUGUGUGUGUGUGUCUGCCUGUCUGCCCACUCUCCAGCUUUUAGGGAACCCAAACUCCUCAGUGUGCUGGGCAGUGACAACAGUCUGCAAUCAGUGUCAUUUGAGCAUGAUCUAAAUUGUGGGUUUGGUCCUUGAGACCCUAGGAGUGGGAGGGGAACAUUGGAGGAUCAGGCAAGUCUGUGGAAAGGAGCCAGUCCAGAAGGCAACACUUGCACCAGCGUUUCUAUGAUGGCCUAUGGAGCCUGGCCAACAAAUAACCAGUAUGAAAGAGGGGCACACUUACAGGUUCUUCAUGCUGUGGUUUUGCUUGUGUUUGUGAUUUACAGAUCACAGAACCCCAGAAAACUGCAGCUCUCUCCCUCUGUGUCUUUCUCUCCCCACCUCCCUCUCCGUCCCUCUCCCCUCUCCCAUCUCUCCAAAUGCUCUAGCCAGGAAGCUUUCUGAGCUCAUAGCCCCAUUGUCCUCAUUUCCCCACCUAUGAUUAUAUGAAGUGCAUAAUUGUAUUUUAUGCAUUUCUGGGAUUUUUAUCAACAGGAGAUGGGGGUAAUCAGGACCAUCUGGCAGAGGUUUUAAGAGCCUUUUUGUAUAGAGUGGUCCCAACAAAAUUAGCCUCUCUCCCCCCAGCUGCUAUUUGCCCCAGAAAGAAAACUGCUAUUAAGGCCAAUGGUAAUUUUCCUCCUAGGGCAGAGCAAUUUCCAUAUGUAUGUAUGCAUGCAUGUGGCCAUUGUGAUUAUCUUCUUUAUAACUCUUUUUUAAAAAAAAAUCAAGGAAAAGUCACACUCCAGUAGCUGGACAGGCUAGGGACCUUUUAACUAGUUCCACAUUUGUGCCAUUACAUAAUAACCGUCUACUGUGUACAUAAUAAGAAAUAGCUAUACACAAAAAUGGAAAUAUAGACAGUACAUUUCCAUUUGUCCCUUUAUAACAAAAGCCCCAACCCUGUCAAAAUAUUAAAAAUGCAUUUUAAGGGAGUUGGAUCUGUAAACGGGCUUCUCAGAAAGUAAAAUAGUUGUCUCUUCUAUCCUGAAGGAGAGGGGGUCCACAGAUAGAAUACAUACUGUUUGGGGGCUCAGUUUCCCUGGGUGAAUUAUAAUUCUGACAACAAAGUCCAUGUAACAACAGCAGAGUCUAAUUUCACAGAAGAUUUGUCCAUCCAGAAAGUGUUCCACCCUGUGACAGCUGGGCACAGAAUCGACAAAAAGAUUUGCUUUUUCAGAGGUGAUCUUUUAAUCUUCCAGCAAGCUGAAAGACAAUUGAAGAAAAAAUAGAAUGAUGAUGUCACCUAAGGAACCAGAAAGCAACAUAUAAUGUCAAAGAAUAUGGAUGUAGAGAAUGUGGGUUGAUUGGAAAUGUAUUGGUUGUUAUCUGUAUCAUUUUAGACUAUGACUGAGUGAAAUACUGAAACUGCACAAAACAUCCCAUUAAAAUAUAAGACUGGCUUAGAGACAAA